AACGGCAAAACCUCAAACCGAAAAACAAAACCCCAAACAACAAGCUGGAGUCGCCGCACUGAGCAUCUCGACUUCCCGGAAAACGCACCGGAGUUCGCCGCCUGCCGCCGUAAAAGCCCCCGCACUGAAGUAUGGAUGUUGUUUUGGCCUCUUCAUCUGUUGACGAUGGGAUAGGUUGUUGGGACCUUCAUACAGGUGCUGAGCAGCUACGUUACAAUUCAUGUUCUUCACCUUUCCAUGGCCUUGUCUCUCUCGGUUCUCGCUUUCUUGCUUCUUCUCAGCUUCAUCACCCUUCUUCUGCUUCUCUUUUCUUCUGGUCCUUCUCCAAGCCUCAAGUUGAAGUUAAGAGCUUUCCUGCUGAAGCUAUUAAGCCCCUUGCUGCUAAUCACCAAGGCACCUAUCUGGUCGGUGGAGCUUUGUCUGGUGAUAUAUAUUUGUGGGAGGUUGAAACUGGUAGAUUGCUUAAGAAAUGGCAUGCUCAUUUAAGGGCCGUCACUUGCCUGGUAUUUUCUGAUGAUGACUCACUGCUGAUAUCUGGUUCUGAAGAUGGAUAUGUAAGAGUUUGGUCGCUUUUCAGUUUAUUUGAUGAUUUGAGAAGCCGGGAAGAAAAGAAUCUCUACGAGUAUAGUUUUUCGGAGCACACCAUGCGUGUAACUGAUGUUGUGAUUGGUAAUGGAGGGUGCAAUGCAAUUAUAGUUUCAGCAUCAGACGAUCGGACUUGUAAGGUAUGGAGCUUAUCGAGGGGAACACUGCUAAGAAGUAUAGUUUUCCCUUCAGUAAUUAAUGCCAUUGUAUUGGAUCCAGCUGAACAUGUGUUUUAUGCCGGGAGUAGUGAUGGAAAAAUAUUUAUUGCUGCACUUAACACUGAAAGAAUCACUACUAUUGAUAAUUAUGGGAUGCAUAUCAUUGGUUCAUUUUCUAAUCACAGCAAGGCAGUUACUUGCUUAGCAUAUAGCAAAGGUCGGAAUUUGUUAAUUUCUGGGUCUGAGGAUGGAAUAGUUCGUGUUUGGAAUGCUAAAACUCACAACAUUGUCCGCAUGUUUAAACAUGCUAAAGGACCUAUAACUAAUAUUAUUGUUGUUAGACAAGAAAUUGACCCAAGCAAUCAUACAUCUUCUAAUUUACAAGCAGCCACAAAGAAACAUGGGUCUUAUUUACUCCCUCCAUUAGAAAAAUAUGCAAAUUCAACAGAUUCAGAUUUAAAGACUGCUAUCAACCUAGGUGGUAUCAGGGGAUGCAUGGAUGUUUCAUACAACAGUUCUAAUUUGAUAUCUAAUCACAUUAAGGAGCUUCAGCAACAAGGUUCAGCCACCGCUUCUGAAAUCGAGAUGGAGAAACUAAAGCAUGAGUACCAAAGGACAAUGGAGAUGGCUAACCAAUGGAAGAAAAUGUAUGAGAACUUGCACGAAUUUGGUAUAAAGGAGCUAUUGGAUGGUGGCCAAACAUGAACCUUCGAUGAAGAUGACAAAUAAGACAUGUUUUUCUUGCCAAGCACGUUUUCAAUUUUGGGGUAGAUUUUGUAUAUCUAUAGCAUCACAAGCAUCCCUUCUAGUUUAUUAUGCUUCCUCUUAUUAUUUUUGUUGGAUCCUUACAAGUUUGUGUUAUCUUUUUCUCUCCUUAAUUUGUACUUUUAAGAUUAUUCAUCCCUUUACUGAUAAGUUAAACAAAUUCAUAAGAUUAUUCAUCCUU